CAGUGAAAUCACGAUGAUCACACAUCCUCUCUCACAGCUCCCACAGACACAUAACUGAACAUUUACAAGCCAUUUCCUACAGGGACUGUCCAGCCCCCUUCUCUCGGUUUCAGUACGGAACCGCUCGGCACGGCUCGACUCGCUGUCGGCUCCGGCCCUCCUUCAGGCCGGUGUUUUGAUUGGAUUAGAGUCGGCUAGCCUUUGCCCUCUAACCUCGCUGAUGUUGACUUGCUGCUUCCUGCUCGCUCCGCUCCGCCUGACCGACUGACGAAGCCCGUCGAAUCCGCACGGCGAAGCGUCCUCCACGGACACAGCAGACCGGGACGAGCCGCCGCUAACAGCCAGAGGAGAGCAGAGCAGGGGAGCCGCGAAGCGCACACACAGGCGGGCGGACGCAAAAACCAGGCAGCCAUGCGGAGGAAAUCAAGGAUAUUGUUGUGUUUUGCCGUGCUGUGGGUGCUGGGGAUAGCCUACUACUUCUACUCGGGGACAGCGUUGAGUCGAAAGGAUGAAUGGAUGUCCAGGGAGCUGUCCGGUAGGACCAAAGGUCACAACUCCGACGACAAGCCUCACGGCCUGGAGACACUGCCACCGGGUAAGGUGCGCUGGCAGGAUUUCGACCAGGAUUUGUAUGUUGGAGCCACGGUGGUCCGACCAGGUCAAGACCCCUACGCCAGGAACAAGUUCAACCAGGUGGAGAGCGACAAACUCCGAAUGGACAGAGCUGUACCUGACACGAGACAUGAUCAUUGCAGACAUAAACAGUGGAAGUCGGACCUGCCCGCCUCCAGCGUUGUCAUCACUUUCCACAAUGAAGCUCGCUCUGCUCUGCUGCGGACUGUGGUCAGUGUCUUGAAGAAAAGUCCCCCUCACUUGGUGAAAGAGAUCAUUCUGGUUGACGACUACAGUGAUAAUCCUGAGGAUGGAGCGCUGCUGGGGAAGAUUGAGAAAGUACGCGUGUUGAGAAAUGACCGCAGAGAAGGCUUGAUGCGAUCCAGGGUUUGCGGUGCAGAUGCUGCCACAGCGCCAGUCCUCACCUUCCUGGACUCCCACUGUGAAUGUAAUGACCACUGGCUAGAACCGCUGCUUGAAAGAGUGGCUGAGGACAAGACACGAGUAGUUUCUCCUAUCAUUGAUGUCAUCAACAUGGACAACUUUCAGUAUGUCGGAGCCUCUGCGGAUCUGAAAGGAGGCUUCGACUGGAAUUUGGUGUUUAAAUGGGACUACAUGACUCUGGAGCAGAGACGAGCCAGACAAGGCAACCCAAUUGCUCCCAUAAAGACACCAAUGAUAGCAGGCGGCCUGUUUGUCAUGGAUAAAGACUACUUUGAGCAGCUGGGAAAGUAUGACAUGAUGAUGGAUGUAUGGGGAGGAGAAAACCUGGAGAUCUCAUUCCGUGUGUGGCAGUGUGGCGGCAGUCUAGAGAUCAUCCCCUGCAGCAGAGUUGGCCACGUCUUCAGAAAGCAGCAUCCUUAUACCUUCCCUGGUGGCAGCGGCACUGUAUUUGCAAGGAACACGAGGAGAGCAGCAGAGGUGUGGAUGGAUGAGUAUAAAAACUUCUACUACGCUGCUGUCCCCUCAGCAAGAAAUGUGCCCUACGGAAACAUCCAGAGUCGUUUGGAGAUGAAGAAGAGAUUAAACUGUAAGCCAUUCAAAUGGUACCUGGAGAAUGUCUAUCCUGAGCUGAGGGUCCCAGAUCACCAGGACAUUGCUUUUGGAGCCUUGCAGCAGGGAGGGAACUGUCUGGACACCCUGGGUCAUUUUGCUGAUGGUGUGGUGGGCGUCUAUGAAUGUCACAAUGCUGGGGGAAACCAGGUAGCGUUACGACGAGGGGACACACAGGAAUGGGCCCUAACUAAGGAUAAAUCAGUAAAACAUAUGGACCUGUGUCUGACUGUGGUGGACAGAACAGCUGGGUCCCUCAUCAAACUACAAGGCUGUAGAGAGAAUGACAGCAGACAGAAAUGGGAGCAGAUUGAGUCCAACUCAAAGCUUCGUCACGUGGGCAGUAACCUCUGUCUGGACAGCCGCAGUGCCAGGAUGGGUGGACUCACUGUGGAGGUCUGCAGCCCGAGCCUCACCCAGCAGUGGAAGUUCACUCUUAACCUGCAAUCGUAGGGGGCGCUAUAGAUCCCGGGAAGACUUGCAUAUUGAAGAGAAACACCAACAGACUCUUGAGAUGCAGAUAAAAAAGAAUAGACUCAAGAAGAAAGACAAACUCUUGCUCCUUCUCCUCCUUCCUCCUCCACAGGGGUGCAGCCAGUCAUGUGUACACCCCUCUCUCCCACCUCACCCCUCUCUCUAAGCGAUGAGCCGUGCGUAUUGAGGGGAGGGGCUGGUCGACCGUAAUGGAGUAAACAGGAACCUGACUGCAUGUGGUGGAUGGAUGGUGAUGAUCGUGAGGAUAAAAGAGAUGAAGAGGCUUUUGUUUCAAAAAAUACAUACCUCAGUGUUUUUUCAUUGAUGGUUCCAGCGGCAAAUGGCGAGUGAAUUGUUCUUCUUCUUUCUUUAAUGCUGGUGGAAAAAGAACUCUUUGGUGUAAUUUUUUUAUUUUCUUAUCCAUAUUUUUUAUUUCUUGCUGUUAACUGUCCAUGGAGACUUGCAGGAGCUUUUUUUUUUUUUGUUUUGGUUUUGGAAGCAUCCUGUAACAGCAGAUGGAGGCUUCAGGUUGUGGUAUCGGGGAGGUGUGGGUGUUGAGUGAUGUGAAGGGAGGAAAUGGACUCGAGCCCUUGAGCUUUUUCCUCUUGUUUAUUCCCACUGGUUUACAGAAUCAACAGAGAAAAGAGAGGCAAAGUGGAGAGAAGAAUUCAGUUUUUCUACAGACUCUGUCUUGGGGAGGUGAAGGCAUUCAGGGAGGGAUUUCGCUGCUUUGCAUGGGGUUUUUCCUCCAGAGGUGUCACAAUGUCCACCCUGAAGAUUUUACUCUUUGUCUUCAUUCUGUAGCACUGGCUGCUGCAGCAUCCUACACUUCCAUAGUGAAAAUGCCCAGAAAAAAAAAGUCAUCAGUCUCGUUUUUUUUUUUUUUUUUGGUUACUUUCCAAUCAAAAAUGCAACCAACUUUUAAAAGGAUGUAUUGGGUUUCAGAAAGAUCCAGUGAUGAACUGAUUAAAAUGGUUUUCUUUACAUCCUCUCGCUGCUCUGUGCCUGCUCCCUGCGGAGUGGUUCAGUUUAAUUUUUUUUCCCUGCACAGAUGCUUUCCUUUGCCUGUGUCUAUCCGUUGCCAUUGUAGAACGUUUACUGUCUAACAAUCACAUCUAAACUGGAUUCAUGUUGCAGCUUGUUCUUUAGAGCCAACAGGUGUUGCCUGCUAAUCGAUAAGUGGCAUUCCUAAUAACACCAUAAUGAUAUUACCAAUAACAUACAGCUCACAUAGACAUGACUGAGAUGGUUGCUUCUCCACUUUCAGCACUUUUGCAAAGUUAAAGGAGAAAACUCAGCAGUGACUACACAUAGAAAACCUGUAGGUGGGGUAACAAUGCAGCCCUGCAGCAAAGCAAAGUGUGUUCUUUAUUUAUAGAAGCGUCAGAGGGCCGUCUUUCUGUUGACAAAGUAAAACCAUGCUUAUUCCAGCCUGAGAGCAGAUUUCAUGCAAAAAGGAAAGUCUCGACAGCAGUAAAGCAACCUCUGACUGCAUGUAUCACCAACAUGUUUCCACCGUUGCACUGACUCACAGUGAUUUACAUCAACAUAUUUUUUUCUCUAACUUUUCUGUUAGAUGAGCCAUCUGUUCUGAAGUUUGAAACUGCAGUAAACAAGGUUUUACUGUUUGUCCUCGCUCUGUUUCUGCAAGAGGAGAGCAGAUUUUUCUGAUUGCACAAGCAGGACUGUUCAGCUUUUGCUGAUGCAAAGUAGAAAUAAGAAAUUUUUUGUUUUGUUUUUUUUUUUGCCACACUACUUUAGGCAGAGCAAGAAUAUUUCGGUGUCAUGAUACAGUACAGUUUUUGUUACCGGGUAGUGUUACUGAUACGAUACGCAGUACAUUUAUCUGUUUUUCAAGUCCAUUAACUCCUUGUGUAUGUAAUAUGCCUUUUACAUAUUUAUUUUGCAAGGCUAAUCUCUCCUGGGCUACUUCAUCACUUCGUCCUCAUCUGCUGUGAUUUCCUGUGCUGUUAGUCACUGAUGAGUAAUGAUGGUGAAGUUUGGGGAAAUUGGUUUUGAUGUAAUUUGGAGUGAGUCAUCACUUGUCGACCUCAAGGCAUCUAUGUGAACACAAAAUAUUUCUGCACAGAUGUACAGUACAACAGAACCAGUCUGGAUGCAGGAAAGGAAAGUUGCAAUCUCGAGUCAUCUUUAAAGUCGCAUACAUACUUUACUUUUCUCAGUCCAUCUCACUCUCGUGCACACUCACAUCCAAAAACUCCUCAGAUUUUUAUUUUAUCGAGCUGCCAACUGACAAAGACAGCAAGGUCUUGGUUGCUGUGCUGUCUGAUACUUUUGCUUAUUCUUCUUCUUUUUGUUUUCCAGUGGCAUAAUUUUCUAUGAUUUUUAUUUUUCUUUGUACCUGAUGUUUGCCUUGUCAUAUGUUCGUUUAUAAGUGGAGUGAGUGGAGUCAAGAAGGUCAGCUGAAACUACAGCUGCAGGUUUAAAAAGCCUAUCCUGUGACUUGAUAGGUUGCUGUAUUGUGCUGCGAGGCAGGGGACCCACAGAUGGUAUGAGGCCAGAGACAAACUCAGCCACGGCCCGGCUUAGAAAAAGUUGGUGUUGCCUUUGACACGAAAUUUAAAGGCCCAAAAUCUGAUUUCGUGCUAAUCAGAAGAGGUGUGACUUUAAAUACUGGAAGAGUUUGCCAUUUUGUUUGGAAAACACAAAACAAAAGGAAACACUUUCAGUGUCUUAAUUUAGCAAAGUUGGAAUACAGAAGAAGGGUGCAGUGAAAUUUAGGUUUGAACAUCUUUUUCCACAGUUUUCCGUUCAGUGUGUGCAGUCGAAUCAGAAGCUUCAGUGGAGGCAUUAAAAGCAGGUUACAAGAGACCGUUUUAGUGCAGUAGCGUGGAAGUUGUUCAAAGUGGCUGCAGCGAAUAAAAAAGGUCCAUCCAUCCGUUCUCUCCCGCUUAUCCUGUUCAGGGUCGCGGAGGGGCUGGAGCCUAUCCCAGCUUUCAUAGGGUGAGAGGCAGGGUUCACCCUGUACAGGUCGCCAGCCUGUCGCAGGACCAACAAAUACAAAGGUGUUUUAUUAAAAUUAGAAAAAUGUCAAACUCUUUAAUUUAAAUGUAUUCCUGAAAUGGCAGCAUUAUUGAAGGUCUUUUUCUUUUCUUUUUUUUUUAAAUCUGAUUCUCAAUGUGCGUAAAUGGAAGAUCUGUCUCUGAUGUCCUGGUUUAGAUAUGUGCAAGUAUAAAUUUUAAUAGUUCAUUCAUUUUAUUUUUCUUAGCCUUAUUGUCUAGAUUAUUGCAUAAAUUAUGAAGCCUAAUUAUGAGUAAUCUUGAUAUUUCAUUGACGCUCCUCUGUCAGCGCAGGAUAAGCAUGGGUUUCAAACUAGAGGUGUAGCACGCUGAGGUUUUAUUUUGUGGUUUUUAGCGCCCUCUAUUGCCACGUUUGAUGAGCUAAGAAGAAAAAAAGAGAAAGGGGCUUGAGGUAGGAAACGUCUGAUUCAGCCAGAGUUUCAAUCUUUGUUUUAUAAAAUCUCGAUGUGAUCCUGCUGCUCCACAGAAAGCGACUGCACACACCUGAGUGACCACUUCAGUCCCAUCUACAGCAGUUCCCAUGUUGUUUGAAGCCUUUUCUUUUAAAGCUAGUCAGAAGAUUUGCUAUUUUAUUUCUUAAUCUUUUUAUGUUAUACACAGAAGAAAUGACUGUAACAUUUAAGUGCAGCACCUCAUUUUGAGUGGAUGGUUAAAUGUUUACAUCUUUAGCACCACGUGCCAAAGUUCCUUCCUGAAUUUUCUGUAUGAUGAAGAGUGAGAAGGGGAAAAAAGUCUUUGGAAAUCAGGAACGAGUCUUGGAGGAUUUGUUCAGUGACAGGUUGCUUACAGUAUGAGGAGUAUCUUCUUGUUCCCUCCAAUCUCAGUUCAAUUUUUAGAAGCCACUGUGGGCAGGACUGCUCUUAGCUGCUGGCCUGGUGUCAGUUUUACAAAAGAGAGUGAACUGAAAAAUGGUAGUUUCUUUUUUUUUUUUUUUUGGGGGGGGAUGUCUUAAAAACUAUAAAAUAUCCUGGGUAUGUGAUGGAUUUAAACCUUCAUGUUCUGCAAGAUGCUAGAGGUGUAACGAUUCUGAAACGGAUCCCAACCAAAACCAAAAACAUUCCCAAUAUCGUAUGGUGAUUCCAUGUUCUUAAAUCAUGAGUACCCAUUUGGAGUCGUGCAAUCCAUAUUUAAAGCACAUUAGAUGGAAAGAUGGAAAUACAUCACAAUAAUGAAGCUUGUUUUUUUUUUUUUUGUUUGUGAUCCAGUGAUGGAGUGAUUGGGCUUGUAGUAAAACUAAUUUUAGGUAUGAGACAAAACCAUGACCCACAAACCAGGUUAUAAACUGAAGCAUGGUUUUGGAGAAUUGUUACACCCCGACCAAAUGCCUGUUGAGUUUGAGCUAACUUUGUGUUGGAAAACAUCUUUAAAAAAAAAAAAAAAAAAAAGAAGAAUAUUAUUACUGACAGUCUUGCAGUUGGGUGUCUUUAUUAGCAUAAAAAGUGAUCACGAGUCAGUAAAUAAGAGCGUCCUACCCGCUGAGCGACUUCAUUUAUUUCACUAUGUUUUGGGGGGAAGCAAUGGGUUGUUUGCUAGAGUUAAACAAAAAAAUGAGGCUCGGAGGUAAAGCUUUGCGUUCUUCCAGCUUUUCCUUUAAAAAAAAAAUUCAGUCAUGGCUUGUCCAAAAGCUUAGAUGUUUCUCCCUAUCGGCCCACCUCAAAUCACCUCUUAGGAUUAACAGAAGAAGGGCGCUCUCUAAUAAGUGAAAAGCCCUGCUGAGACAUCCAGCUCAGGACUGCUUAAGCUUCUCCGUCUUCUGCUACGAGUGACUGUGCCAAUGUAAAUGAGUCAGGGCACAAGAGGGGCUAAACAUGCACAGCAGACAAUACACUGUAAAAGUCUCAUCAACUGGUAAUGACAGAUAACAGUAAUCAAUAUGGGUGGGAUAUGAACUGGUGGGUUAAUGGGUUUUCUAAGAGGCAUGUGGCUCUGUUGAAUGGCUCUGUGUUCACAUUAUGAGGUGGCUGAUACAACCCGAGGGUUCACACAUGUAAAAGUGUAUAUUUUUGUAUAUACCUACAUCAGUGUGUGUACAGUAUGUACAUAUAUACACAGUGUACUCAGCUGCGGUUCCUAGUUUUGUUGUCAGACUGUACAGCGCUUCUAACUGUUCCCUGUUUUAUAGAUAAUACAGAAAUUCAACUUUGAAUGAGGAGAAAUGAU